ACACGUUAUUGGGGGAAAGUUUAAAAAUAUUGAUCGGAUAUUCGUAAGGAUUAAUGGCCGCCCAGAGUCCUACAGAUGGAUGUCUUCCGCCGUGGAAGAAACCUGGGAAACAAGGAAAGGAGGUGUCAAGAUCUGAAGACGAGAAAAAGCCUACAGCAACAAAAAUUACAGAAUCGGCAAAGCCUAUUUUAGAGGAACAAGCACUACUCAGAGAAAAGCUUAAGAAUUUACCGACGUGGAAGAAAGAUAAAGACGCGCAUUUGAAGAGAAAAACACAACCAGUGGUGGCCAGGCCCCCUUCUCCAGGAACAUCAGCCAAUUCUAGUGCCAGGCCCCAAGCAGCUCAGUGUGGAACAGUGCCAGUGAAGGUGCCAUCUCCUCCAACACGGCGACGCACUCCUGGUAAUUCACCCUCUAAUUCCUUAUGUUUCUCAUUUCCACGGAGUUCAUCACCUGUAUAUGAUGCACCUAACGAGGUCAAGCGCAAGGUUGAAAAAGCAAUGAGAGCAAGACUCUACCUUUUGCAGCAGACUGGGCCUAACUCAUUCCUGAUUGGUGGAGAUUCACCUGAUCAUAAAUUCCGUGUGAUGAUUGGUCCACAGAGUUGUACUUGUACAAGGCCACAUUGUGUCCACCUUCUUUUUGUGAUGCUUAGAGUCUUCAAACUCAAAGAAAAUGAUCCUCUUUUAUGGACUCAAAAAUUGAAAAACUUUGAGGUGGAGAAGUUGCUCUCCAAGUUCCAUGCUCGAGUGAAGUCACGUUUACAAAAGGACAUGAAUGCACAGAAAACAUCUCGAGCCAAGGGCCAGAGAAGCACACCACCAACAACACCAUGUACUAACAGUUUGGGAGGGUUACCCCAGGCACGUGAAGAUGAAGAGGUGUGCCCAAUUUGCUUAUUGGAAAUGGUGGAAGGGGAAAGUUUGACAAGUUGCCAAGAUGGUUGCCAUAACAGACUUCAUCAGCAUUGUAUGGAAAUAUGGGCUGCUGAAUGCAAGAGACAGCGAGAGGCAUUGUUUUGUCCACUCUGUCGCAAGAUUUGGUCAUCACCUUCAAAUAUCUGUAGCCCUAAAAGAUCUCCAGAUCACAGUAUACGAUCCGAACUACCCAGUGUACCAGCACCCUUGGGCCCUGAGGAAAUCACACUACCACACUCAAACCCAGUACCAGCAGCACAGGUGGAACUGGCCAAACCAUGGAUUGAGGCAUUUGGUGAAAAUCUUGUGUGCUGUUUGUUUUCCCGUGAAUGGAAUGUGAGAGAGACAGCUCUUCGCCGUUUAAGUAAGGACAUAAACACUGUAUUUAUGGAAGGAAGUAGCUCACAAAACAUGACGGCCUUUGAAGCUUGCUGUUCUCUGUUGUCCAUGAUGUGUGGGGACCCUGUGUACCGAGUGUAUGUGGCUGCUCUGAGAACUCUCCGUGUAUUGGUGAUGCAUAUGUCUUACUCAACCCAGCAAGAGAAAUAUCAUCUUCAGAAAUGUUUGUUUGACGUAAUUGAAGCUGUUUUAGCCAAGUGUGCGGACUCCAAUAGGCGUAUUAGUGCAUUGUCAAUCCAAGUUCUUUUGGAACUCUGCAAGGAUGAGAAUGGGGAUUUGGCAUUAGGCAAGAUGCUCGGCGCUGAACAUGUGCCCCAGCCUCUGGGAGGUUUUAACUUCAUUUUAUCCUGCAUACUAAGGACUGCAGCUGAAUAUUCAACUUGGCCGUGGUGGCUUGGGCGGCUGAUGUUUCUGCGGAAGUUAAUGGAGGAGUAUAUCACGGAGUUUGAGCUUUCAGAUGAUUGUGUUUCUGUUCAAAUGGAUACAGCUGGUGUUCUUGUUCAGGGCAGAGGGAACAAUGCUUGUGAAGACCCAAGUGAAAUUUAUCAAAGUAACGUCCGCCGCCUGAUGUCGGUGUUGAAGUUUACCAUGCAAGCUGCAAACUGUUCCCAUAGCAAAGUCAGCAAACUGGCCAUCGCUGUUCUUACGUGUUGUAUGUCAUUAUCUUCUUGUGUACCCUCAGCUCAACAACACAUUAAGAAAGUGGUUUCCAAACUGAAGCCCUCUCAACGCAGUUCGCUUAAUCGUCAGCUUCAAGCGAUUCCCAGGGCUAGUGUGACUACAGUGAGUCGCAGUGAUUCUGUUUUUACUUAUGAACCGCAAACAAGUAUGGAUCCACCGUCUUCUACCUCCAGUAACCGGGACUCAGCCAUCGGCAGCUUGCCUUCAGCCAUGUCCGAUGACGAAGCAGAUAAUUUUUCAGAGUCAGAGCUUCUUCAGGCUAUUGUAGACAACUUCGAGAGACCACAGUCCUUGUGUCUAUCGCCUUCAUUUACCUUCUCCCCCAAUGAGGAGGUUAAUCUUGAUUGGUCCAGAUCUCUGGAGGACUCCCCAAGAAUGCCCCCAGUGAAGCUGGCUGUUGGUAAGAAGUGCCAGGAGAUCAUCGCACAGGAAGAAGCAGAAGCUAUGGCUAAAGCUAUGGCUGUCUCUUCUCUAGACUCUGGGCCUUCCAGGAUACCAAGCUUGGAUUCAGGUGAUGAGAUGGUCAUCAUCUUUACUCAGCCAGAGUCUCUGGAAAAGGCAGUCAAUUCUAAACACCUUUAUCUGGAGGGAGUUCAUUGGAAAAAAGGAGAACUGUUAGGGACUGGGGCCUACUCAUCUUGCUAUGCUGUCAGAGAUCUUAUGAAUGGGUCCCUUAUGGCUGUCAAACAGGUUUCCUUUUGCCGCAAUUCAGUGGAAGAUCAGACCAAGGUUACACAGACCAUUGAGGAUGAGAUCUCUCUGUUAGGAAGACUACAGCAUCCACAUCUGAUUAAAUGCCUCGGUGCAACGAAACACGCUGGACACUUCAACAUCUUCCUGGAGUGGAUGGCUGGUGGAUCAAUCACAAAACUUCUUACAAAGUAUGGGCCGUUUGAUGAGAAGAUUGUGAUCAGUUAUACGAGGCAGAUUCUUCAGGGAGUGGGAUACUUGCACCAAAAUCAAGUCAUUCACAGAGAUAUUAAAGGAGCAAACAUCUUAGUGGAUUCAACAGGCAAGAACAUUAGAAUAGCCGACUUUGGUGCUGCGGCAAGAUUAGCAACACAGUUAACAGGAGCUGGCGAAUUUCAAGGCCAGUUGCUUGGAACAGUCGCAUUUAUGGCUCCUGAGGUCCUACGUGGAGAGAGCUAUGGACGAAGCUGUGAUGUGUGGAGUGUGGGAUGUGUUGUCAUAGAAAUGGUUACUGGAAAACCGCCAUGGAACGCACAUGAACAUUCAAAUCACUUGGCUCUUAUCUUUAAGAUCGCAAUGGCCGAGUCCCCACCCGACAUACCAGAGAGCCUUAACCCAGCUCUUCGAGAUGUGCUCCUGAGGUGUUUUGAAUCAAAGCUUGACGAGAGACCGCCUGCUACGGAACUCCUUAGACAUCCACUCUUUACUCAAAUGUGAAAGGAAGUUAGCUACCAGCAUUUUUUUUUCUUUAAAUUCAGUCAACUUGAAUUACUCAAGUGAAGCUGUAAGCUUCAUUAACGCUGCGCACUCGGACAUAAGCCCGACUUGUGACCGAGUCGUUUCACUUGAUCCCGAAUUAGUUAAAAUCUUCCGGAAGGUCAUAACGUUAUGUGUGACGUCAGCAUGUCUGAAUGCAGAGAGGCAGAGUUGGAUCCAGGAAUUUUUUGAUUGAAGGGUUUGAUCUUUGAUUCAUUUUUUUUUUCUUACACAAGAGCCUGAAUAAGCGAGAUAAAUGUUUCAACCUUGGAAAUUUAGCAGUAAUAUGCCAUCCUGUCGUUGAAGGAGUCAUAGUUUCAGAUAAGAAAUAAAAGUACCCACAGUUCUUAUGGGAGGGGGUCCGUUUCCCCCCCCCCCCUUCCGCUCCUGACCUUCCCCCUGGAUCCACCUCUGUUUACGUUUGCCGAAGGACGUUUUUUUAAAUGUUCAUAUUCGUUAAUAUUCGUACAAGAGCGAGAGCAAGAAAAAAAAAAAAAAAAGAUAACAUUCAUGAAGUAAAGCCACCUCAACUUUUUCCCUUCAACUUCCACUUUCAGCAACCGUAUCACAAUUUAAAUCGAACUCCCAAAGCCUGAUUAGCUUUUACAUUCUUACCAGCCGUUUUCAGGAGAAUCUACUUUUAUAGUGGGGAGAUGUUGAAUUUUAAUCACUUGAUGAUUUGAAAGAUUCAUCAAAAGACAAUUUUUUUAAGGUUCUUACCGAAAAUUUUAUUCUGAUGAUACUUUCAUAGAUUGUACAGUUUUUCUUCCUCAACGAACUUUCGUGUGGGUGGUUUUUCCUUCUCCCCAACUGAUUUGUACAUAUCUUAUUCAGAUUUCUAUAGCCAGCAUCCGUGAUGUUUAACAAGUAGUUUUAAAAACUCCAUCUUAAAGAUCCAAAAUCUCAGCCGUUUGUAUUUUUACAGUACGUUUUUAGGAAAACCAAAAUUAGUUGAAAUUAAACGUUUGUAACAUUAUAUUAGUCAUUCCCAGUGGCAGACUGUAAGUUUUUUUGUCAGCGGUAGAUCGCCAAUGCAACGAAGGUGUUGUGUAACAUUGUUUCAAGAAACAGUUGCUUUCUUCUUUGAACAAUUCAUACAUUUUAAGGAAUACGUAGAACGGUUUGCUUGAAACAUGACUUGCAUUGUGUGAAUAAAGAU